AACCACUAUAUAUUAUGCGAACGAAAUCUGCUUUUACUAUACUUACGAUCAAAACUGACUCAAGUUCUGAUCUUUUUAAUAGUUCUUGCCUAAAGCGUAGCGUUAAUUAGGAGCUGGUUUUCGUUAGAUUGCUAACAAUCCAGACGCAGAUACUUUCAAUAAUUCUAGGUUUGGAUUUUGACGAUGGUUUCAUCUACAGUACGAGCAUAUAUCGCAUUCUUCGCUGUCUUGAUCAGUGUUGAAACAUCUUAUGCAAUACCCUGUUCAUCCGAUCGCCCGCCUUGCCCCCAAGGAUCUUUCUGUAACAAAAUCAAGUGUGGGGGAUUGGAUAUAGGAAGAUGUACAGACAUUGAUGAGUGCGAAUCAAACCCGUGUAAGAAUGGUGGCACGUGCAACAACUUGGUGGCCAAUUACACGUGUUCUUGCCCUGCUGAAUGGGAAGGAUAUAACUGCAACAUUUCUGCAUUUGUUGCAACCGAUUGUCUUGACCUGCUUAAUGCAGGAAUAACUACAAGUGGGAAGUAUCCAAUAAAUCUCUGGCAGACUAACACUAUGAUAGAUGUAUACUGUGACAUGGAAACCGAUGGUGGUGGAUGGACAGUUUUUCAAAAUCGUUUUGAUGGCAGUCUUGAUUUCUACAGGAAUUUUUAUCAGUACGAAAAUGGUUUUGGAGAGGUCUCGCUAGAUUGUUUGAAACAUGUACAAGAGAUAGCGACUCAAAGUCCGACAAAAUUAAGGAUCCAUUUAACUGAUGUACACGAUACUUUUUACUACCGCGAGUUUCUGGAUUUCUCUCUGACAACAUCAUUGUAUGUCCUCAACAUUGGAACAGCCAGCGGAACACCUCUUAUAAAUCCAUUUGGACUAAAUAACCACAAUGGUAUGGCAUUUUCCACUUUUGACUCUGACAAUGAUGUCGAUUUGUCUAAUUGUGCUGAACGAAUCGAAUCAGGAUGGUGGUAUAACGCUUGUGGUGAUGUGGACCUCAAUAGUAACUAUGCAACUCCAGGAGCAGUCACAAUUAAUGACAAUGGAUGCUCGGUUGUGAUAAAAUUUGAGAGUUUCAUGUUUAACUAG